UAUUUUCAGCAUUACGUAAUGAAAGAAUAGCGCCCAAACACCCAAAAUUAAAGCCAGACAAUAACACCAAAUGACCUUGGGCAUGAAUUUCCAUUUUUCAAUGCUGCUGAACUCAUUCUAUGAAGACUAUCAUGCCUGCUAACUACCCGUAAUAUUUGCGAAGUGACUGAAUCUUGAGAAAUUGUUUCUUAAGAACUACGAAAAUUAUACUAGUCUAAAACUUGAGUUUUAAGUACGUUAGGACUAUGUUUCCCUUGACCGUGAACCGUUUAUCUCUAGCUUUAUAUGUUGAUAAGAGGGGCAUGGCACAGUUGUUAAAGAUGAUGAAAGCAGUGCGAGUUCACAAAUUUGGCGGGCCAGAAGUUUUAAAAACUGAAACCAUCCCUAUUCCAAGCAUAAAACAUAACAAGGUGCUUAUUCAUGUUAGGGCCGCUGGUAUUAAUCCCGCCGACACGUACAUUAGAAGUGGUGGUUAUGGACUCUUGCCAGAACUACCUGCAAUUCUGGGGAAGGAUGUAGCUGGAGAAGUAGAGGAAGUCGGCGAAACGGUGAAGAACUUUAAGAAAGGCCAGAGAGUGUUUGCAGAGUUGCAGGAGAGGAAUGGUGGCUAUGCAGAGUACGUCGCUUGUCCAGAAGAUAAUGUUUUUCCACUGGCACACAGACUGACCUUUGCACAAGGAGCUGGUCUUUACAUUCCAUAUGUCACAGCCUACAGGGGACUGGUAACAAAGUGUAAAGCAAAAGCUGGGCAGCUGUUGUUGGUGCAUGGGGCCAGUGGUGCUGUGGGUGUGGCAGCUGUGCAGCUGGCAAAGUCUCUCGGUCUCACUGUUGUUGGAACUGCAGGAUCAUCUGAAGGACUUGAACUGGUGAAAAAAGUGGGAGCUGAUCAUGUGUUCAAUCACAGGACAGAUGGGUACCUGGAAGGUGCGGUAAAGACUGUUGGAAAGUUUGACAUAAUAUUUGAAAAUCUUUCUAAUGUGAAUCUGGGAGCAGAUCUGACAGUUAUGAACAAGAAUGCAUCUAUAGCGAUUGUGGGAUGUCGAGGAACAGUUGAAAUAAAUCCGAGGCUUAUAAUGCAAGCAGAGGCAACAGUGCAUGGUGUCUUCCUCUACAACUCAACUUCAGUCAAAACCCAGGGCAUUUGUUGUGAAAGUAGUUAAUGUGAAAUCUGACCAAUUAGAGGCAUCAGGUGGUGUGACACCAAUUGCAUCUAGCUACAGGUGUUGCCCAUGAUAGUAAUUAAAAAGCAUAUGGACAUAAUUUGCUUUUAAAGUAUCUUAUCAGUGCUCUUUCUAAUGUAAACAAUUAGCAUAUAUCAUACAUCAUCUAGAAGAGCUACCGGAUUGUUCUGUUCUAAGCGGAAGUGUAAUCCCAGUCAAGGGCAUCCGGGGACAAGUACCUAAAGUAGGGAACCAUCAAAUUCCUCCACGCUUGUCCCCUCCCACUUUCCCAGCUCACCAAAAUGUUGCUCACACCACUUCCCUCAAAACCAGCUUCCUCCUCCUCCUUCAAACUCUCUCCUCUCUAUGCCACCUCCCUCUCCUCCCAGGAGGUGUGUCAAGAAAGUAAAAUAUUUAAGAAACCACUCUUAAAAAAAAAAGUAUCUUUUAUUGUGAAUACUUUAUUACAAUCAAUACAUUAAUACUGUAGGAAAAGGUAGAUUGUUGCUUACCAUAAAUAUAACAUGCUAAGUUGCAGGCAGGCACAAUUAAAAGACACUUACACAUAAGCUUUUGACCGCAGUCUUUGUCAGAAAAAGAGAAACACACACAAUUCAUUCACACAAUCAAGCACACCUCAUGCACAUGUGAUCGUCAACUCUGGCAGCUUGGGGUCAGAAAGCAUUGCGGAGUUGCCGGUCAUGUAUGCAUAAGGUGUGCUUGUUUGUGUGGAUGACUGGUGUGUGUUUCCCUUUUUACAAUGAAGGCUGAGGCUGAAAGCUUAUGUGUUAAGUGUCUUUUAAUAGUGUCUGUCUACAAU